AUGCUUCUCCGACAACGUAUCGCAAGACCCCUUACACCAGGGUCACUUGUUCGAGGCUCGAACCGGUUCUCUACUACCUCGUCAUUAUCUUCCUUUCGAUAUGCACCCGGCCGGUCAACAAGACUACGUCCCUCGCCCCAACCAAACUCGCGUGUGGUGACGGGCCCAGCUUUCUCGACCACCGCGAUACAUUUCGACAAGAAAGGGAAGGGGUUUUUUGACAACCUGAUUGAGCCCCUGUCAGAAGAGGAGGUCAAGGCAAACCUAGAAAAGCAAAGACAGGCCAAAGAGAAGGACAUCAGCGAGGCAAAGUCUUCUGGCUCCGAUGCCUCCUCCAGCGGCGAGGGCAAGUCAGACCAGGCGGAUGCGAAGGGCAGCGCUGCUUCUGGCGGGGCGGGGUCCGGAUCUGGCAGCGAUGGAUCAGGAGAUGGCGGCCGAAAAGGAAGGAGGUCAGAACGUGCAUUACAAAAGCCAACCGUGCCAGAGGUAUAUCCUCAGGUGCUGGCAAUCCCCAUUGCGAAGCGACCACUGUUCCCUGGAUUCUACAAGGCGAUUACUAUUAAGGAUCCCAAUGUCGCAGCGGCCGUCACGGAUAUGAUCAAAAGGGGCCAGCCAUAUGUCGGAGCGUUCUUGUUCAAGGACGAGAACGCCGACGAGGAUGUGAUACAUAACGUGGAUGACGUGUACGAUACGGGUGUGUUUGCCCAGAUCACCAGCGCGUUUCCUGUGCAUGGCGAGCAGAAUAGCUUGACAGCUAUUCUCUACCCCCACCGGCGCAUCAAGCUAUCGACUCUUAUUCCUCCUGGCCAGGCCGACGCCAAGAAGUCAGACGCCGAGGUGCCAACGCCCGAGCCAAUACCGCCAAAAGCUGCAGAGGAAGAUGCAGCAGCGUCUGACAAGAAGGGCGAUGUUGUGGCAAGCUUUGAAGAGAGCGCCGUCGCCAGUAAGUCUGAAGGGAGCCAGGAGAAAUACGAACCCACCUCGUUCUUGCGAAAAUACCCUGUCAGCCUCGUCAAUGUCGAGAACCUGACAGAAGAGCCGUAUGACCCAAAGAGCUCCAUCAUCCGAGCUGUCACAAACGAAAUCGUCAAUGUUUUCAAGGAGGUCGCACAGAUGAACAGCCUGUUCAGGGACCAGAUCUCCACCUUCUCUAUGAGCCAGUCUACGGGCAACGUCACAGCUGAGCCCGCGAAGCUCGCCGAUUUCGCUGCUGCCGUUAGCGCUGGCGACUCUGCAGAGCUCCAAGAGGUCCUGUCCAGCUUGAAUGUCGAGGACAGGAUGCAGAAGGCCCUGGUUGUUUUGAAGAAGGAGCUUAUGAAUGCCCAGCUGCAGUCGAAAAUCACCAAGGACGUCGAAAGCAAGAUCACCAAGAGACAGCGAGAAUACUGGCUUAUGGAACAGAUGAAGGGCAUCCGUCGGGAGCUCGGUAUUGAGUCCGACGGCAAGGACAAGCUGGUAGAGAAGUUCAAGGAAAAGGCCGACAAGCUGGCGAUGCCGGAAGCUGUGCGCAAAGUAUUUGACGACGAAAUCAACAAACUCGCGCACCUGGAGCCGGCAGCAUCCGAGUUCAACGUCACGAGGAACUAUCUAGACUGGCUCACACAGAUCCCAUGGGGUCAGAGGAGCGCCGAGAACUUCGGAAUACAGAACGCGAUGAAGGUCCUGGAUGAAGAUCACUAUGGUCUCAAGGACGUCAAAGACCGCAUACUCGAGUUCAUCGCUGUUGGCAAGCUGCGCGGAACCGUCGAAGGCAAGAUUCUGUGCUUCGUUGGUCCGCCGGGCGUGGGCAAGACGAGUAUCGGCAAGUCCAUCGCUCGCGCACUAAACCGCCAGUACUACCGAUUCAGUGUUGGCGGUCUUACAGAUGUAGCUGAGAUCAAGGGACACCGACGGACUUAUGUCGGCGCUCUACCAGGUCGUGUCAUCCAGGCACUCAAGAAAUGCCAAACCGAGAACCCGCUCAUCCUGAUCGAUGAGAUCGACAAGAUUGGGCGUGGCUACCAAGGGGAUCCAUCGUCAGCUUUGCUUGAGCUGCUUGACCCCGAGCAAAACAGCUCGUUCCUGGACCACUACAUGGACGUGCCGGUUGACCUGUCCAAGGUGUUGUUCGUGUGCACAGCAAACAUGACAGACACCAUCCCGAGACCACUGCUGGACAGAAUGGAGGUGAUCAGGCUGUCGGGCUACGUCUCGGAUGAGAAGAUGGCCAUUGCAGAGAAAUAUUUGUCACCUGCUGCAAAGGAGCUGGCUGGUCUGAAAGAUGCGGAUGUCCAGCUGUCUGAUGAGGCCAUCGAAGAGCUCAUCAAAUCAUACUGCCGGGAGUCAGGUGUUCGCAAUCUGAAGAAGCAGAUCGAAAAAGUCUACAGGAAAUCGGCCUUGAAAAUUGUGCAGGAGCUUGGUGAAGAUGUUCUGGCAGAAGAAAAGGCGCUCACGGACGAGGGCAAAGCGGCUCUGGAGGAGUCUGAGAAGGAGAAGGAGACCGCGCCCAAGGAGCCCGCAACAGCCACGGCCACCGAGCAAGAGACGACCGAGAAGCCGCGUGUGGCGCUCAAGGUCCCGGACAACGUCCACGUCCAGAUCGACAAGAGCAACCUCAAGGACUACGUAGGUCCGCCAAUAUUCACAUCGGACCGGCUCUACGACGUCACCCCUCCUGGUGUGACGAUGGGACUGGCCUGGACACAGAUGGGUGGCGCGGCUAUGUACGUUGAGUCAAUCCUGCAGUCCACGCUCAAGCCUAGCAGCACGGGCCGACUGGAGAUAACGGGUAACCUGAAGACGGUGAUGAAGGAGUCAUCGACACUUGCCUACUCGUUUGCAAAGAGCUUGUUGGCGAACAAUUUCCCAGACAACCGCUUCUUCGAUCACGCCAAGAUCCAUGUACACGUACCGGAAGGCGCUGUGCAGAAGGAUGGGCCCUCAGCAGGCGUUACGAUGGCGACGUCUCUGUUGUCACUUGCUUUUGACACCCCAGUCGAUCCCACGGUCGCCAUGACCGGUGAGUUGACACUGACUGGCAAGGUCCUCAGGAUAGGAGGGUUGAGAGAGAAAACGGUAGCCGCGCGCCGCGCGGGCUGCAAGACGGUUAUCUUCCCUGAGGACAAUAUGUCUGACUGGCUCGAGCUUCCUGAGAACAUCAAGGAAGGUAUCGAAGGCAGGCCAGCAAGCUGGUACGGCGAGAUCUUUGAUCUCAUCUUCCCCAAUCUAGACCACGAAAAGGCCAACACAGACAAGGCAUCCCAAUACAAGGGUCCUGACGGCAAGAAGGAGGCCGAGGACAAGGACAGCAGCAGCAGCAGCGGUAGUGAGAAGAGCGAUGAUGGCAAUUAGAGACAGCUACGUAUCCUGCCCGCCCAGCUUAGCUCGGCCCUGGCAUCUUCAUUCCCACCCAUGCGGAUUCGGAUAGACUUCAUGUAGGCGGAGCCAUUUUUUACACUUUUUUGUUUUUUUUUUGGGCGGACCGGCGUCUGCACAUUUCUUGGUGCCAGGGCUGGUGGUUGACAGGCGGACGGGCACUGUUGGAUGAAACGGGAACAACUCACCUCUACACGCGAUUUAAAAAAGUCUGUUGUACAUUAUCACGGGGCAAUAUGUAGUCGGCUUAGCCGAACGCCCAAUUGGGACUUUGAAAGCACUUUGCAAUCGAGGCAC